GAUUGUGAGCUUCAAAAGAUGGUGAAAAGCUUUAGGGUCAGUGAUUUACACUCUUUGCUAAGUUAUGCUGGUCGAAAUAAAGGUGGCAAGAAAUUUGACUUGCAGAAUCGAGCUCUAGAGCUUAUUAAAUUACGUUCAGCAUCCAUCGAUAUGAAGAUUCGUGAACUUCAUAUGCAACGUUAUCAGCAUAACCAAAGACAUGUUACAGAUCCUCAGGAUUUAUAUCCUAUGGGAGCGAUGAAUGAGUCCAUGAGUGGAGGUUCCUAUGGACCUCCUUCAGCUCACCAAGGCCCUAUUAGUAUGGGUAUGCCAGAUUAUGUACAGUCCAUGAACAGACAAAUGAUGAAAGGAUCACCUCAGAUGAGUAUGAUGCCCGCAUAUGCUGUGUUCCCUGAUGUUAAAUUUAAAGAUUUGCCUUUCUACGAAGUCAUCAGUGAACUUAUGAGACCGAGCAGCCUGAUUCCGUUGAUGACGGAACGCGUCCAUGAGAGGGAUUUUGUGUUUUAUUUAUCGCCUCAACAAAUUAUGGAUUUAGAUCAGAACCCGGAUGUGCAAGUCCAGUUGCGCUUUUGUUUGCUGGAGACGAGCUGCGAACAAGACGACGAAUUUCCAUCCAGCGUUUGUUUGAAAGUUAAUGAUAAAUUCGCUAACUUACCUAAUGUUAUUCCUAAUAACAAACCUGGUCUUGAACAGAAACGUCCCAGACGCCCUGUUGACAUAACGAGCAUAACCAACAGAUCGGCUUCGGAAGCGAAUCACGUGACAGUGUCUUGGGCUUCGAGCAACGGCAGGCCCUACGUCGUUGCCGUGUUUCUGGUUCGGAAACAUUCCGCAUCGCUCUUGAUACGACGGCUGAAAGCCAACGGCGUCAGAAACCCCGAUCAUACCACCGCCAUGAUAAAAGAAAAGUUGUGUCAAGAUCGCGACUCCGAAAUCGCCACCAUGAGUUUGAGAGGCUCGUUGAUCUGUCCUCUCGGAAAGGUGAAGAUGCAACUUCCGAGUCGGGCGUUGACUUGCACGCAUCUGCAAUGUUUCGAUGCCACUUUAUACGUGCAGAUGAACGAGAAGAAACCCAAAUGGAUUUGUCCUGUUUGUGACAAGCAAGCACUUUUCAAAAGCUUGGCAAUCGAUGGUUUGUUUUUGGACAUAGUUUCCAAAGCUCCUGAAGAUUGUACCGAAGUUCAAUUUCACGAAGAUGGUUCCUGGACUCCUGUCAUACCGUUGAAGAAACCUGCUGAAAUUGCUGAUGCUACAAUUGAUGCAUCCCCAAAGAACCCCAGCGAAACAGAAGUUAAACCAAAGAAAAACGUGCAAGUGUUCACUUUGGACUCGGACAGUGAUACCGAAGACUCUUGGCCCGUCGUUCCUCCUAAGAAAAAGCCAUGCGUUAGGCCUGCUAGUGUCAUAUCUCCUGUUCUUCUGGAUUCUCCAGAGAAUACCCAACCACUCGAGGCUCCUUCUGUAUCAUUUGAUCCGAACGUGCCGUCAACUUCUAAAACUAAUCUGUUAGCAACUGCUAGUGCUAGUGGAACGGUGGAAGAACCGAUUAACCUUGAUUCGGGUAUCGAGCCAAUAAUUUCUACACCAUUACUUUCAAACACGCCAAGUUCUUCUUUCGGUACAGUCUCUUCAUCAAACCAGCCUUCCGCAGCAAGUGAUCCCAAUGACUCUCUAGAAAUUUUGGACUCUGCUCCAAACUUCGAUUAUUAUUCUUUAAUUCAAAAUACCCAAGAGUUCGAUUACCCUACCCUUUUAGAGAAUAAUUCCCCUGAACCCGAUAUUAUUUCCAUCGAUGAUUAA